GUUCACCCGACGGAAUUUCAGUGACGGACCAUCAACAAAACGAACGUUAUGGUCUGUCUACUCUUAUCAUAAACCGGUUUUCGGGUAGUUUAACAAGAGUUACAACUAGACUAUUACCUCGGCUGCUAUUUCUCAUGAUUUAGUGUAAUUAUUUUACUUUUUGGGGAGCAUGCCAGCGUUGGUUAUCGCACACAAUAGAGUUAACUUGCACGUCGUCAGUUACAAGAUAAGAGCAACUUCUGAGAAGUCCUUGCCCUUUAAAUCCCACAACUUAACUCUGAGUGUAUCUUUCGGACUUCAUAGCACACCAUCAUGGUGCUGAAGAUCUUCUUUCCCCAGUGCUGUAACACUGCCGACAGCGGUCUGCUGGUGGGCCGCUGGAUCCCAGGUCACAAUUCUGCUGUGGUACUGGCUGUCAUUCACUACCCCUUUAUACCGGGUCAGGUGAAGAAGUACUUGAGUGAGCUACAGAGCCAGACUCAGGUGGAUCUGACCGUCCUGGGCUCCUGGAGCAUGCCCAAAGAAGGCCAAGAAGGAAUGGACAGCUUCCUAAAAGACCUGAGCACCAUAUUCCCUCAGAACUGCUGGCUGCAGUUGAGCCGUGAGAUUGGCAAAAUAGGCUUUACUUGUCAGGUGGUCCAAAGCGACGGCAAACUUCUGCAGGACCAGGAGCAGAAGAACGCCGAUGAUAAGAUCAUCCUCAUUCAUUACGACCAGAGGAAGGUUAUGCUGUCCCAGCUUCACCCGGUACAGGACGACGGCCAGAAGUCCGAUGUUGAGCCCUCGGAGCUGCGCUUGGUCUUCCAGACAGUUGCUCAAAGUCAGCCUCUCUUUUUCCUGGACAAAUAUGACGACGGGCCUCUCAAGCUCACACACUGGCAGUCUGAAGGCAGGGAGGCUAGUAUUAUUGCAGAGCUUUUAAAGCAAGCAUCGGUUCCGGUCUGCAUCUUCCUCACAUGGCUGCUGUCUCUGUGGCACUGGUUGAGCAGUUUCAGGGUUUUACAUUUGCGUCCAGUGCUGUUCAUCUCAAGCAAGCUGUCCACCUGUGUUCAGUCGGGAUACAGAGCAGUUCACUUCAAGACUGUUUUCUCUCCCAAAAAAGCUGCCACACACAUGGAAUUUAUGAGAAAAGCAAACAUUUUUGUGUCCUUUCUUGUGGAUAUAGCCCUUGGUUUGCUGCUCAUCUCAUGGCUUUAUAGGGAAAAUCGUAUAAGCAAAUUAGCAGAUACUUUGGUACCUGUGGCUGAUCGUGUGGCUAAAGAGCUCCAGGAGCUGUUGGAGUGGCUGAUGGGAGCUCCUGCUGGACUGAAGAUGAACAGAGCUCUGGACCAGGUUCUGGGGAGAUUCUUUCUCUACCACAUUCAUCUGUGGAUCAGUUACAUCCACCUGAUGUCUCCUUUCAUUGAGAGAAUCCUGUGGUAUGUCGGACUCUCAGCCUGCUUGGGAUUGACCUUUGCUCUUUCCAUAUUGUCCGACAUUGUGGCCCUCCUCACUUUCCACAUCUACUGUUUUUAUGUGUAUGGGGCAAGACUCUACUGUCUGAAGAUCUACGGUCUGUCCUCGCUGUGGCGGCUCUUCAGGGGGAAGAAAUGGAAUGUAUUGAGGCAGAGGGUUGACUCGUGCUCGUACGACCUGGACCAGUUGUUCAUUGGCACGUUGCUCUUUACGAUUCUGCUGUUUCUGCUUCCCACCACUGCCCUGUAUUACCUCGUCUUUACCCUGCUGCGUCUGGUGGUGGUGCUGUUUCAGGGAGUGAUUCAUGUUAGUGUGGACUUCAUCAACUCCUUCCCCCUGUUUGCCGUCGGCCUUCGUAUCUGCAGACCAUACAGACUGGCAGAGGGCGUUAAAUUUCAGGUGCUUUGUCAGGAGCCGGGAACUCCUCUUCACCUGAUGAUGGAGAUCAACCCAUUGAAAUGUAGCUCUGUACUUCAGUGUUAUCGGACGCCCACUUAUAGCUGUUACCCUAAGGAUUCCUGGGCCGCAUUGUGCAAAAAGCUGUUUGUAGGAGAGCUCAUUUACCCCUGGAAGCAGAAGACUGCCAAGACCGACUAACUCUGGGACCUGCAGCCAGACACAUGAACAUUGACUCCAGUGACACUCCAAAUAGUCCUAGAAGUAGAUGUUCCUUCGUUGUAGAUUUAAAUCAUGAACUUUUCUUUACAAAACAUUGAGUAGAAUCUUCGAUUGAAACUGUGAUUCAUUUUUGUAUUUAUUUUAAAACUUUUUAAGUACUUUUUAUAACACUGAAUAUGUACCAUUAAAAAAAAAAGAGUGUUACUUAUAUUGUAGCUUUGAUAUUUAAAACUUGUCGCUCAAUCACAGCCAUAAUGUAACAAAGAUCACUGGACUGGAAGUGUCCCUGUUGACGCCGCCUCAGUUUUGUUUUGUUUUGGGGUUUUUUGCUGACUCUCACGAUGGUCAGAUAGAAAGGAAAUGACUGAUAAAAGUGAGCUAUAAAAAGCCUAAUCUAGCUGACUAAUGUGUCCUGUCUGAAUGUUGAAUUUAAUACAGAUUAGUGUAAAUUAUAAUCCACUUGUGUCUGUGUUGCCAAAUUGCUGUUUUGUAGCUAUUAUUAUUAUUCAUGUAAAUGAUUUAAUUAAGUCAAGAUUUUUAUAACACGAUCAAAAUAUGCAUCUGUGCUGUUAAAUCUUCAAACUCUAAAUGUACCUCAAUAAAGUUUAUUUAAUA